UCGCAGCCUGUGAUUAGUCUAGGGUGUGAAAUGGUCUGCCAUGUGUAAUUCGUUCAUGUCCAAUUUUAGGACGGACUCGUCUAAUUCAAGAGCAAUAUGCUUGUUUUGAAAUAAAUACAUUCUAGUUAUGGCAGAAUACUUGGUUUCAAAUGAAGUGUGGGUUUGCAAUGUUUAAUACAAUUGGAAAUUCCUAUGGUGAUCAGCUAUUUGGAUGAAAUAAAAGGUCGUGAACUGGAUCUGAAACCUGGAAUUGAUAGUUUUUCUUUUCUGACAGAGGGAGCUACCAGCAGCCUCUCUAGGUCUCUCUCAUUCAUUCCCCUGCUUUUGUAGGCAAUAGGACAUGGAUCAGCAAGGACAUGGGCAUCCAGCAACAAUGGGAGUCCCAGGUAGUGCAGGUCAAGCAUCAUAUGGUGUGAACCCCUAUCAGCCUAGCCAAAUGAUGGGACUGUCUCCAACUGGAUCAGUUGGAAUGAUGCAUUCUCCCACUCAGCCAGGAGGUCCUUCCACCCCUUCUCAGCUUGCACAACACCAGGCUUAUCAGCACAUCCACCAGCAACAACAACAGCAACUACAGCAACAACUCCAAAACUUUUGGUCAGGUCAGUAUCAAGAAAUUGAGCAGGCUAAUGAUUUCAAGAACCAUAGUUUACCGUUGGCCAGGAUUAAGAAGAUUAUGAAGGCUGAUGAGGAUGUAAGGAUGAUAUCGGCUGAAGCUCCAGUCAUAUUUGCCAGGGCCUGUGAGAUGUUUAUUCUGGAGUUGACACUACGGUCUUGGAACCACACAGAGGAGAACAAAAGGAGAACACUGCAAAAGAAUGACAUUGCAGCAGCAAUUACAAGGACUGAUAUAUUUGAUUUUCUAGUUGAUAUUGUCCCCAGAGAGGAUUUGAAAGAUGAGGUUCUUGCAUCGAUCCCAAGAGGCGGGAAUGUUCCAGUUGUCGGUCCGGCUGAUGGUCUUCCUUACUAUUACAUGCCAGCUCAGCCUCCAUCGCAGGUUGGCCCUCCCGGGAUGAUGGUGGGAAAGCCUGUGAUGGAUCAAAAUAUGUAUGGCCAACCAACGCACCCAUACAUGUCUCAGCCUGCUUGGCCUCAGCAACAGCAGCCGCCUAAAGAUUCUGAGUGAAAAGGUUACUGGAUGAUAAUUGUUCGUAAUCUGAAGGUUUACCAUUUAACUUAUCCGAUACACAUUUUGCUUUACCUCCAAUUAUUAGAGAUAAAAAGUGCUUAAUAUUGGUACAUGAAAAGGUUCUGCAAAUGGUUUGGUUCAUGGAAGAUAACUUUUUUAUUUGUAACUGAAGGAUUACAAUUAGAAGUUAAAAACACUUUGUAAUUAUUUGUUAUAACAGUUAGUAUGCGCUUGUUAUUGCUGCAUUUGAACUUUUGAAGUGUUCCCGUAGACGGUGUGGUUUCUGUUAUUUUGGAUCAAACUUUAUAUUUAAUCUCAUUUCAUGCAGCUUGAAAUUUGCUACAUCUUCUUCAUC